AUGUCGGACGCACAAACCUUUCCAGAUUUCGACAACAAUUUCGACGACCAAUGGCAUAGGGCUGGCUUACUGUCACAAGCGGCUUCAGACCCAUCAGCUGAUCUGAGUAUCGGUCUAUCCGACUUGACUCCGGGUUGUCUAGUGACGCCUAAUCUGCCGUCCAACGCAUCCGCCUUUACUGAGGGUCUGGGCCUCUGUCUGGCAGGCUUGGACGGCAGGGCAGGCCGUGAGCCGUAUCGAACUCCAAGCUUCAGCAACGUUCAGCGACUUUUGCAGUUAUCUUGUACGCCAAUCGACCAAUGUGAGUUGCGCCAAUGCCUCGCAAUGUCAGUAUGGCCUCUGACGACGUAAGCUCGUCCUUUCCUUUGCAGCACAAGCACUCGUGCAAAGCGUCUGCGAUAGCAGCCCUCUGCGCAUUCAGGUUCCGCCAUCUGGAUCGAUGGCAUCAUUGGAGUUGACUCCGCCCUUGAGCACGUCAGGUCUGCAGCACUCUUCUCCUUCGACGAUCGGGUCAGGCUCACUGCCUGGCUCGACCCACUUCCUGACAAUGUCCCUGUCCGACGACGUGCCCGUUCCUGGCUACCAAGAAAAGUCAGAGGAUUGGGAGGUUGCUCUGAGCGCAGAGCAGGUGGAGCGCCACGCUCCAAAUCCAGUCGCAGCUGGACAAGGCUCCAUACCCGGAAGUGUCGCGGCAGCGCCCCACAUGGCGCCCAUGCCUUCCGUCCUCGCGCCGGCUCCUGCGCCUGCCACGUACGUCCAACACGACGGCACGUCCCAACUCGUUGCAACUCCGGAAUGGUUGCUGGAAGGCGUGCCCUCUUCGCGCCGGGGUCGAUCUCAGACCGAGACUACAGCUCGUCCUGUGCACCAGGUAGAGCACCCGUACACGGCUUUCAACGCCGGGCCGAGCUCUGCCGUGCAGCAACGUGCACUGUCCCAUGACGGAACGGCGAUUGACGCCCGCGCAAAUCGUUUCAGCAGCACGCAACCGCAUGGCUACUACAACGUCGACGCACACUCACAAGCAGUACCUUUCAGUGCGCCGGCCCACCAAGCCAAUUUUGAGCAUCUCCCAUCUUGGCCUCAACAAGAGGUGUACGAGCGCAGCUUCUCCGCUUCCGUGCAUCCCACUAUCCAAGCAGAUGCUGCCCAAUACGCUUCGGGACUUGCAGGCAGGAUUGGUAGCCAGAGCUUCCAGAGCUCUCGAGGAAGCAGCGGCCCUUUGGGAAUCCCUGAUGGAUACGUCGCCAACUUUGUCCCGCACGGCGCUCCUCAACAGGGCUCGCCUCCGCUCGUCAAGAGUUUGUCGCUGCCCAAUGUCGGCGGUGCGAUGGUCUCGCAUGGCGCAGGGAGCAUGAGUCCAUCGGUGGGCCCUGCUCCUCCCGCAGAGUACGCCUUGGCGCAGCAGCAGCAGGCAGACUACUUGCAGGCAAUACGUAUGCAGACCGGAGCUUAUAGACAGCCACAGACGCAAGCGUACCUGCCAGCAAGUCGACAGCAAGCUGGAGCGGCUUUCGCGCAGGGCUCUCAACCUGCAGCGAUGCCGCCGCACCACCACGGUCACCAGCACGGCCCUGCUUCGAUGGCAUACUACGCAGCAACGAGCAAUGCAAUGCCGACGUACGCCAGAGCUGCGCCCGUAGUGCACCACCAUCAGCAUAUGCCUCAUGCUGAAGGCUAUGGACAGUACAGCAGCGACAUGGUCCCGAGCGGAUCGACGACGUACACGUCUCAAGCUCCCAGUCCUCCAUUUGUCAACGUCGACGGCAGCGGUCACCACGCGCCCACGGGUCGUACCCUCAUGGCGUGCGGCCACUGCAAGCGGCGCAAGCUCAAGUGCGACGGUGGCUCCCCUUGCUCGUCUUGUCGCGCAAAGAACCAGGUGUGCGAGUAUCCAAAGGAUAUCAAGCGACGAGGCAAAGCCAAAAAGACGCUGCUGCGCGAGGCUGAGGAAGCUGCUGCAAAGUUGCGGGCUGAACAAGCCAUCGCCAUGGGUUACCAUUCAUCCCUCGGCUCCGCCAGUGGAUUGUACGAGAACCUCUCGGCGUACAGGCUCUCUCCAUCCUCCAGCGGAUCCAAGCGAUCCAGAGAGGAGGACGAGUCGGAGUGGGAUGCAAGCUUGAGCGGUCAGUACGAGCAGGCAUCCAACGACACUGCCGCGUAUGCCAAUCGUGCCCCUGGCAAAGGCACGAGUCUUGCUUCGCGCAAGAAGCAGCGUACGCAGGACAACAUCAUCCCUCGAUGA